GUUAAUGUACCAGAGUGAAAAUAAGGGAAACAUCUCAUUCGUCGAACUUCAUGUAAUACUGCAGAAAAGGUACAGCGCAUUCGGGAGAUUAAUAUUGAGCAUGCUUUGGAAUUAUCUGCUCAUCGGAGUAUCUAUCGUGCUAACAAGGCCCUUGCUUCAGCAUGUCUUCGGUGGAUUUCUGGCAUGCAUACUUUAGGUUUUGCUUGGGGGAGGCUUCCCCUACAUUGGAGGAUGUCGUGGCCCUCACUGGGUUGCCCAUUCAUAGCUCUCACAGUUUUGAAGAAGCUGAUCACAUUGGUGCUAUGACUAGCUCAGAUUCAGAAGUGUAUAAGGUGUUAUCGGAGGUUCGAAAGUCUAUAGCCCGUAAAGUGAGUGCCGAUGCUGCUGCGGGUUUGGUUAAGGAAGAUAAGCGUGCAUCUCUUUUGGGCUGGAUGAAUUAUUGGGCGCUCCGUGUUACUGAAACAAUGAGUAAGAAAGAACUUCCAUCAGUUGUGAAGUCUUAUGAUCCUCCUACUCAUGGUCAUAGUGAUUAUGCCGAACUUGUUGCUUUCUUGGUGUACUGGUUGAUUCAUGAUUUCUUCGAGUGUUCACCCAAAGACACUAUUCGUGAUGACAUUCUUCGGAUGGCUACUAAGAUGUCGGGGGGAAUUACUUACCCCCUGGCCCCAAUGUUUUUAGGUUUGGUGUAUCGUCAUUUAGAUACACUUAUCUCGGAUGUGGAAAUUACUAAUAGCCAACAACAUAUAAUUGAGAGUUAUGUCCCGACCAGUUUUAUACAUUUUGGGAGAGAUUUCCUGUUUGUAGGUCCGAUAUCCAUGACCUAG